UAUUGAAUUUGGGCAGCCGUUCUGAUUCCUUCCUGCUCCACCAAAAUCGAACAACUGUCGUCUGCAUUGCCUUCCAAACUCCUAAAUCAAACGAUAACUCGGAUAACAUGCAUAAAACUUGAAAGAUCUAAAUCACCAUUGGCGGCAAAUAAAAGAUGGCCAAAGUUGAAAGUCCACAAGUUAGUAGAAGAACCACAAGAGCAUCUCUGAAUUCCACACCAAACUCAAAAGCUCCUCAGGAGUAUUCGAAGGCUACUAAUCCUUCACGGCCAUUGACUAUCAAAGACCUUGUGUUCUGUGGUGAAUCAAUAAGCCUUGAUGAGUUGAUCAAUUCUUUUCCAGGAAGAAGAGCACAGAUUCUUGAAUUGGUCCAGUUUUUGGGCCCUUUGAAUUCACCGAUGAUUCCAUUAUUUGUCUAUGGAGGUGCUUCAACCGGAAAAACAAGCACUGUACUUUAUAUGUUCAGGCACUUGAAGCGCCCGUUCAUUUACUGUAGUUGUGUCUCUUGUUACAGUCCUAGCAUACUGUUUGAGUCCAUAUUGAAUCAGAUUUUGCUUCAUAGGAAGAAUGAGAGUGGUGGUUAUUUGAGUGCCAAACGGUGUGAAAGACCCUCUGAUUUUGUCAAUUUACUAGGUGAAGCUUUGACUGCUCUCAUAGACAGCCUCAAAGGGAAUAUGGGAAAAUCAAGCCCUAAUGGGAGCAUGGUUUACUUAGUAUUUGAUCGUCUAGAGCUCGUAAGGGAAUGGGAUAAGAGUGAUAGUAUAAUACCCCUCUUGUUUAAUUUGUACACCCUUCUUAAAAUCCCUGAGGUUGGUCUGAUUUUUAUCAGUAGAGCUUCUCUUGAUACAUUUCAGUCGGACACAGGUUUUGUUGAGCCUUUCCCUGUCUAUUUUCCUGAUUACACGGAUGAUGAUUUGAAACAGAUAUUCAUGAGUAAUCAGGCAAAUCCAAAGCUAUAUUCAUCUUUUCUACGUUCGGUGUUGAGUCAAUUCUAUAGGAUUACAAGACGGGUUGAUGAAUUAUCUACUGCAUUUUCUCCAUUAUUUAAAAAGUAUUGUGAACCGCUUGGUGAUUUGUUAGCAGUCCCCAAUGGAGAUAUGGAGAGCAAGUUAUAUAGACAUCUUCAACCAUUUAUCUCAUUAUACCAGAAUGAGACAUGUACCAUUUCUUCUCAACCGCUGCUUAAAGACAGGAACUUGAGGAAGAGUGUUUUUAAGAAGUCUGGAGUUUGUGAAACUUUAGAUGAGAUUGAUUUCCAUAUGUCCACUUCUGCCAAAUAUCUGCUCAUCUCAGCCUUUCUUGCUUCACGGAAUCCAGCAACCCUUGAUGCCUCACUCUUUGAUUCAACAGGAGGAACUGACAAUCGGAAAAAAAAGCGAAAGGUCUCUGAAAAAUCAGUUGACCAGAAGGAAGCAAAAGAACAAGAAAUACUCAUGAAAGGACCUGGAACUUUUCCGCUAGAGAGGCUGUUGGCCAUACAUCAAUGCAUCGCAUCAGUUGGAGAAUAUUCACUUGAUGAUGAAGAACUACAAAAUGAUGGAUUGAGAGCUGAUGGUUCUGAUAGUGGAUCAAUGUCUGACAUUCUCUUGCAAUUAUCCAGUCUAUGUAGUGCCAAUUUUAUUACCAAAGGUGGAAGCUGCCCACUGGAAGGCUCAACACGGUAUCGAUCCAUAGUGUCUGAAGAUAUAGUUUUGAAGGUUGCUAGGAGUCUGAAGUUCCCCUUGUCAAAAUACUUGUACAGAAGAUAGCAGAUUUGAACAUUUGACUUCAUGGCUGAAGGCAAUGAUCAAUUGGCUUCAUACAAAUGUAUACGUCAAGUGGCUGCUCUCGUCCUUGAUCGGCCGAGCCUAUGAUAUAGUUCAGUAAUUUAAUGUACUUGUUCACUAACUACCAUCCUGUUUCUUUCUACUUCUUAAUUUAUGUUUACAGUUUAAACUUAAGAGUUUCCCUUGACUGUACGCUUAUUGUUGUGUUUAUGAAAUUAACAUUUUGCAGUUUCCUUGAUCUAACGAGCAAAGUACUUUCUAACAUGCUAACAGCCUUUUCCCUAGUCACUCAGAAAGUGAUA